UCCUCGUUGCUAUGGAUACGAGGCACCGUUUACUGUCGCUCUCUUUUCAACCAUGGACUCAAAAAUACUCAUUGAAAUUGUGGGUGUGUUUAAAGACUGCAGUUUCCACGUUGCUAAAAGCAUCGCCGAGAGACUAAAACUGCAGUUUCCUACGGCGUUUCUGGAUCCAGAAAUUAGGCCACUUUUUGAAUUUGAGUGGCACGGGUAUCUCUGCGACAAGAAGAAGGAGCUGCGUGGUGAAGUGUGGCAGUACUCCAGUAGCCUGAUGUGCUUUCUGAACGGCCGUCUCCUCGGUGAUGAAAAGGAUCUCGCCAGCUGGGCCAAGAAUCAGUGGGGUUUCACUUUCACCCAGCCGCAAGCUUUCUACACGACUCUUGCUGAGGAGUACUACAUCGAACACCUCCAGAAAACUGGGCAUCAGUUUGUCUUCAUGGAUGUUGAGAUUGCGGGAGAAGCUGCGGGGAGGUUAAUGUUUGAGCUCUUCUCAGAUAUUUGUCCAAAGACAUCCAAGAACUUUGAGGGUCUGUGCACAGGAGAGCAAGGACUGUCACAGAGUGGCUUCCCACUCUGCUAUAAAGGCUCUCUGUUUCAUCGGAUUGUGCCCAAUGGAUGGGUGCAGGGUGGAGAUAUUUCUCCAGAGAGGAAAGGAAAUGGAGGCGAGUCAAUCUACGGGCUAAUGUUUGAAGAUGAGAAUUUUGCCAUUUCACACACUAAGCGCGGCAUCCUGGGAAUGGCUAAUAAAGGUGCCCACAGCAAUGGAUCCCAGUUCUACAUCACCCUACAGCCAACGCCAUGGAUGGAUAAGACCUAUGUUGCCUUUGGUCAAGUCGUUGAGGGUCUCGAUGUCCUGAGGAGGUUAGAAGAAGCUUCAACUUGCAAUGAAAGACCCAAGUAUGAGUGUAGAAUUACAGCCUGUGGAGUGCUUAAACCAGAGCUCAUAAGCUUUAAUCAUUGAUAUAUUUUUAAGCAUUUUUUCCUCAGUUUUUGAAUCAGUAAAAUAAACGUGGUAUGCAUGUUUUCUUUUCCUUUUUUGUUAAAUAAAAGCUUCACAUUU